AUGGCAGUAGAGCAUCACGAGGGUGACUCUGGUGUCGAACUGUGCAAAGAUGGCACACAAACAAAAAGUUAUCAAAUAACUGGCCUUGAGUGUUCUAAACCUCUCGUAAAUAACAUUAAAAACACGACCAUUUACCAAGAAAACCCAGCAAUGCCCAACUGCAAUAACCUUUGCAAUCGCAUUCGAAGCCUCACUCCUGACGUGCUUACUGCUCCAGUGGAAAAACCUUAUGAAGUUGUCGUGCCCACACGUGAAGGAGCCAUUGGACGUCCGUCUUUAGGUCGAGAAGUAAGAUGUGUUAUAGGAAAUGUUCGCGAGUUUUUCGAGGAGCUCAGGAGGCAGCUGGGGGAGUCUUGUCAAGGCACCCUUUUCAACUCAACUGCGCAGUUGACGGCAUUGGCUUGUGGAGUCUCAAUCAACACAGUGUACAGAGCAGGACCGAUUCGUGAGCCUCUGCGAACAAAAAAUGAACAAUUCCGAGCUAGAAAAGAACGAGUAAAUCGGAGGUGGAAGGAAACGGCCUCACUGAAGAAGUUUGGCAAAGAGUGGGGCGAUGUCGUCCGACACUUUGUUCGUAGCGAAUUGGAAGUGAAC